AGUUGGCAGGUAUAGGGCCUAUAAAAACGUCUCUCCCUCUGAAUGGUGACAUUUAGUCAGGAAAUGGCUUUCUUUUUGUUUAGUGUAAUUGGCCUUGGCCUGGCUGUUGCAGCACAGGAAGAUAUAAAGGUAGAAUGUGGUCCUGAUUCAGUCACGCUGAGAUGGAGGGCACUUCGGGCACAGAUAGACCCCUCACUUCUCCUGCUGGGAGACUGUUCUCCUAACAGCAUGUCUUCUGGGGAGGCCAUGUUUCAAGUGGAACUUGGUGACUGUAACUUCAAAAGAAUGGUGACUGGGGAUACACUGAUGUACAUGAAUGAGUUAACUUUUACAUCGGCACCCAAACCUCAUGUUAAAACUUUCUCUUACCCAGUUGUUUGUGCAUAUGAAAGACCUGCAGACUGGGAGCCUCCCAUGUUUGAGCCAGUGUUGUUCCAUACAUUUGGUCGAGGAGAUCUAGUCUUCCAAAUGGAACUUAAGAAGGAUGACCUCUCUGGACCACAUUUGUCCAGGGAAUAUCCCUUGGGAUCAUUCAUCCACAUUUCUGCAGCAGUGGAGCAGAAGGUCCAUCAGCCCUUGGCUCUGUUCUUAGAAGAGUGUGUGGCAACUACAACACCAGAGCUAGGGUCUGAGGGCCUGGUGCACCCAAUCAUCACCAACAAUGGAUGCCUUGUGGACAGCAAGACUUCAAACUCAAAGUUUCAACCAAGACAAGAAACUUCAGAACUCAGUCUUUUUCUACAAGCUUUCAAGUUUGCCAUUGGAGAGGAAGUCUAUAUUCACUGUAAACUUUUGGCCUGGGACCCCACUGCCAUUGACACCAGCAAGAAGGCCUGCCACUAUGUGAAAGGGCAUGGUUGGGAGCUUCUUGAUGACCCCUACCAUAGUACAGUCUGUGACUGCUGUGACUUCAGUUGCAAGUCCCGUACAAAAAGGGGAAUUGAAACAGGGAUGCUACAAAUGCAGAAUGCUGUCCUUGGACCCCUCAUAAUCACAAACAAUUCACCAUCCUAAAGAUUGACCAGGUAUGAACCUGAGCCAUACUGAGCUACACAGCCAACUACCCAUUCAUCCCUGAUUCUGGAACAGCGACAGUUCACUUUCUCUGAAAUAAACAUUCAAUACUUUA